GGUUCUGAGGACUGGAAUAGGCCACAGUCAUCUGACUUGGUGUCUCUAGGAUGGACCCUGCUGCUCCUGCUGCUGCCUCUCCUGGCCUGGCCCUGGCCCAAGCCCCUGCUGUAGCACAAAUCAAUGGACAAGAAGUUUCUGAAAGUGGAAGAGAAACUUGUCUUUGGAGACCCUGGCUAUCCUCCAUAAAUGAUCAACCAAGGCAGGCUGCUGGUGGGGCAACAGCUGCGGAGGCCACCAAGGCUGUGUCUGAGUUCCAUCACCCUGUCAGGCUCUUCUGGCCUAAAUCCCGUUCCUUUGACUACCUGUACAGUGCCGGGGAGAUAUUACUACAAAAUUUCCCUGUCCAAGCCACCAUCAACUUAUAUGAAGAUUCUGACAGCGAAGAGGAUGAGGAGGACAAGGAGGAGGACGAAGAGGAAGAGGUCAAUGAAACAGGGCCAGAAGAGGGUACGAGGGUACCAGAGGCCACAGCACACAAGGCCGAAGCUCAUUCCCCUGACCCACCCCCUGACCUGUCCAAACUGAAACAGUCCCAGUUACACUUGUCAUGUUUUCAAGGGCAUCGAUUAGCUAAGAGUCUCCAGACACAAAUUUUCUGGACUGGAACCAGUGUACUCAAACAGUCUAGCUCACCCUGGCUCUCUUGAUGGGCCCACAAGUCUAGGCCUUUGGCAUGUUCUUGUCUGGGCUGCUCUUGUGCCAACAGGAGGAAGCUCCCAAGACCUGGAAGGGGAUCAGGAAGGCUUGAUUUCUGAAGCCCUUGGGAAAUAGAACAGGGCUGGGGAUGCCCUUGGACAAGAGAGCAGUCACUCCCCAGGGCCCUUUGAUUCCCCCAAUUCU